CUAACGAGGAAUUCACUCCAGUUAAAACUAAUUAAAUAUAAAUUAGAAAAAUAUAAACGAAAGAUAAAGGGAAUUAUUAUUUUGCGUCGUUCAUCGACGACGAUACUAACCCGAACGAACUUUGAACUAAGACGGAAAGAUAAGAGUUUUCCAUAUUUCUUCUCGAUAUAAAACGCAUAUUAUUUCUCUCGGAUUAUUCGGAGCGAACGGAAUUAGAAAAGAAGAGAUUGCGAAAAAAUAUAUAUAUAUAUAUACGAUCAAGUCCUAGAUCAAUAAUAUCAGUGUAAUACAUCAGUGGAAUAGCUAUCGCGUUACGUAUUAACGACCAUUAAAGUGAUUAGAAAUAUAUAUGGUAUGGGACAUAUAACACUUAUUUAUUAAGACGAAUGAGUGAAUAAACAAACUAUAAAAAAAAAAGAGAGAGAGAGAAAGAAAAGAAGAAAAGAGAAAAAGAAGGAAGUCAUCGAAUAGCAUAAAGAAAAUUAUAAGAGUAUAAAUUACGCUUGUAACAAUAUAAUCUGCUACGUGAGAAAUCAUUAAUAUUAUAUUUCUCUCAUUUAGAAAUCAAUUUUAGAUAUUCCAAAUCGAAUCGAUCAAAUAAGAUAUUAAUAAUCUUCAUACAUGUAGCCAUUUCGUAACCUAUAUUAAAAAAAAAAAAGAAAAAAAAGAAAAGAGAAAAGAAAAAAAGAACGGAUGAAAAAUCGGUCCAGUUCGAUCGCAACCAAGUGAGUGGACGUAUAUAUAUAUACAUGUAUGAAGGUAUGAGAGAGAGAGAGAGAGAGAGAGAAAGAGAGAGAGAGAGUUAGUAGAUCGUUCUGUAACAAGCUGGUGGAGAGAAGGUGUGACGUCAGGCGUCGUCUAGCUACAUCGUCGACGCCACAGGCACGUCCCGGACUCGCGUUCUCUCGCGACGUCGACGUCGACGUCGAGUCAAACCUCACUUCUCUCUCUCUCUCUCUCUCUCUGCCUCUGUCUGUCUGUUUGUCUGUCCGUCUCCCUCUCUCUAACGUUCUCGUCGUCCUGUCGGUCUCUCGCAUCGUCGUCAUCGCAUUCUACUCAUGCCACUUGCCCCCUCUAAACCCCUCUCUCCUCUUUCCAGCCAAUCCGCGACUAUACUAACGAACUAUCUCGCGUGUCGGAGGCGCUAGUGUGCGUAGUAGUAGUAGUAGUAGUAGAAUAGUAGUAGUAGUGGUGACGGUGGUGGCGGCGGCAAUGGCAACGGCAACAGCAGCGGCGGUGAACACGCACACACAGAAACGCGCACGCGUGCCAUGAAACCUUGUGUAGUAGUGCUGCUGCUGCCGCUGCUGCUGCUGUUGCUGCUGUUGGCGCGUAGUAUCAUCGGACCGACAGCGGCUAAGCACUUCGGCUGCCGAGUAUCGGCGACGCGAGCCGAUCGCUCCCCCCACUACCUUCUCACCUCUCUCUCUUUCUCUCUCUCACUCACUCACUCAUUCUCCCUCCCUCCUUCCCUCUACUUCUCUCUCUCUCUCUCUCCACUCUUCUUCGGCUCGCAUCGACGAGACGCCGUUGGUCUGGCGGGGGCAUAACAUCUGCUCUUAGCGUGAUUGCCGUGUAUUGAUGUAGCUUUAUGGCAAACGCGGCAGCCUUUGCCCAACAAAACGUUAAGAUGAGAUUGGAGGAGGACUUAGUGAUUCGUAGGAGCAGACCCACGAUGAUUUCGGCAAAGUAUCGUGCAAGAGAGGAACGUCGUCGACUUCUCAAAAUAUCCGCUGGAAAAUUACGUAGAAUCGAGGAUCCCGAAGCGAGUUUGUGCAGAUCGGUCCUAAUAAACAAUGCAGUUAGACGAUUGCAGCGUGAAAACCGGGACGAGAAGACUAGGAACUAUGGACUUCCGGUGGUCACGUAUUUGAAUGACUCGACGAAGGAGAACAAUGUUUCCAGUAAUCUUAUCGUCGAUGAUGACAGUAAUUCGAGAAAGAGGUUGGCCGAUGAUACGAGAAACGAUGGGCUUAGUACGAAACGUCAAAGGCACGACGAGUUAGACCUACAAGACGACGUUUUCAGCGACUUUUACAUCCUACCACCAACCCCUCGAUUACUUUCCCAUAUCGAUGAUGUUCACGACGCGGAAUCGGCUCAUCAUCACUUGGUCUAUCCGGAGGAUCGUUUGGGUGGUACGGUCGACGUACGUGGUCCAACGAACAUGGUCGACCAUACGUCCACGACGAAUGUUACGUCGACGACAACGACACCAACGAUACAAGCGGCAUCGCCAACGGCAACGACGACGAUGACGCCAAACGUCAACACAAAUUCCUGCAACAACUCUGUCCUCUUCCCAGCUGACCUGGACGACCCCAGUACUCAACUGGCAAGCAGAUCGACGGACGUAGGCAUGAUGGAAGUCGCUGAUGUAGUUGGUUGCGAUCCUGACAGGAUCUGUGACUUUGCUAGGUUCGCAGAUUCAGCGAAAACGUUGGAGGAACGAUUGGUCGAGUUGCAAUCGCUCGAUGAACAUUUUGACCUAGCCAAAUUC